AUGUCGCACUCGCAUUCGCACUGCCACGACGAGCACGGUGGCCACGACCACGAGCAUGACCACUCAGAUGAUAUCACGCCGGCGCUGCAGUCGUCGCUGUACGAGCAAAUCAAUUUUGACGAGAUUGUCACCCUAAACGAGGCCCAAAGAGAUGCCGGCAAGGCCAUUGUCAAGAAGACGUGGAUGGAGCGGCUCGACCUGAGCCCGGAGCUUGAGAGCGACGCUGACGAGCAACUUCUCAUGACGGUCCCCUUCACGGCCCAGGUCAAGCUGCACGCCAUCCUGCUCCGCACAUCCCCCGCCGCGUGCGCCCCCAAGACGCUCAACCUCUUUGUCAACCAGGAGAGCCUCGACUUUGAGGCGGCCGAGGAGGCGGACCCUGUGCAGCGUUUGGAGCUGGCGCAGACUUCGGACGUGCAGGAGAUUCCCGUCAAGCGCGCGCUGUUUGGGAAGGUGCAGCGGCUGAGCCUCUUCUUCGCCGACAACUUUGGCGACGGCGACGAGGACGUGACGCGGAUCAGCUACGUCGGCUUCAAGGGCGAGUGGACGAGGCUGGGCAAGGCGCCGACGAACAUCAUAUACGAGGCGGCGGCGCAGCCGGGCGACCACAAGGUCAAGGGCACGAAUACGGGGGACAAAAUUACGUGA